AUGGAUCCAGCUCCCCAGGGCACCAGCCAGCAGCAGGGCAGACAGCAGCAGCAGGGACAACAGCAAACACCCGUUUAUGAUACCAGAAAUGGUGGUCACUAUGAUGUUUCGGAGUGGCCGCUAAUUAAUCCCGAAUUCGAUCAGCUAUCUGCGCAAGGCUAUGCACCGCUUGCCGAGCUGUACACAGGAACUUGGGCCAAUGUGAACCAAGGCCUGCAAGGGACCGCCCGGGAUAUCCUGACGACCUACUGGCAGCAUGUUAUCAACCAUUUGGAGGGCGAAAACCACGAUUACAAAAUUCAUCAGUUGCCGCUUGCUCGCAUCAAGAAGGUGAUGAAAGCCGAUCCGGAAGUCAAGAUGAUCUCCGCCGAGGCUCCAAUCUUAUUUGCCAAGGGGUGUGAUAUCUUCAUCACGGAGCUGACCAUGCGUGCAUGGAUCCAUGCCGAAGACAACAAGCGCCGUACUUUACAGCGCUCGGAUAUUGCCGCCGCUCUUUCCAAGUCUGAUAUGUUUGAUUUUCUGAUUGACAUUGUUCCUCGGGAAGAAGCAGCCUCACAUGCCAAGCGAUCAAGCCAGGCAGGUGCUCCAGGGCCCUCUGUUGCUCCGGGUCAGCUGCCACCAUCCCAGCAUGGUGUUCCGACACACAUGGGCCCCGCAGACUAUGGCUCCCUGCAACACGGCAUGCCUCAAGAGCAGGAAUACCGCCCGCAACCCGCCAUGUACCCAGGACCAGUUCAAUCAGACCCCACUGCAGCAUAUGGCCAGCCUCAACCCCAAAUGUUCGAGGGAAUGUAUGCCCCAUACCCCCAUCUUCCCCCUCAGCAGUGA